CUGUCACCAUUUCGCUUCCUCGUCUGACCUUCCAGCCUCUUCUGCGGCUUCUCCCUUCCCUUUCUCCAUCUCCCCCCUUCAAAGGGGAGAGAGCUUGACUUCUUACUCAGGCUUGCCAGUGACGCCAGCACCCUCCCUAUGAACCUGUCUCCUGCCUGGUAACUCUACCUUGACUUUUUACGGGUCUAUGCCGUUACCCACUUGUCGUAGCCAUGGCCUCCAGCCAUUCCCCUUGCCUUGCUCGUUGCGUCGCACCUCCAAGCUGACCUCUCCAUCCGCCUUGUUACUGUCCCAAAGCUCUCGGCCCUGACGUUUUGCGAGGAGCUUCCCCCGUCCCUCAAAAGUCUCAGCCGUGCCCUUUCGCUCUCCUUCAACUUGUCUCCCAUUGUUCUCUCCCUCGCACCUACAGGACUUGUGUAGUUCCCAUACCCUUCGCGCUACAUCUUGCCCUGCCAUUUUCGCCCCUCUCUGCUCCAUUCUUCUCGCCCCCCCUCCAUCACUACAUCACAGCCGCCGCGACUUCGCCAUGGCUCCUCGAAGAAGACGUCAAGACUCUGAUGAUGAAGAGGAAGAAGAGGAGCUUGUAGCCCUCCCCUCUGACGACGAAGAAGAGGAAGAAGAAUACGAAGACUCCGAGGUGGGGUCCGGCGAGGAAGACGGAGAAGAAGACGAGGAGGAGGAAGAUGAAGAGGGAGAGGGUGACGACGAACCCGAGGAGGAAGAAGCUCCACCCAAGAAGCGCAAAGCCGAUACGGAUGCGGCCGAGCCCGCUCCCAAAAAGUCCAAAGCAACUAACGGCGAAGCGGAUGACGAGGAAGAGGUCGAGGAAUUCGAGCAAGAAGUCGAGGACGAUGCCGAGGAGGAGGCUGAAAAGGAGGAAGACGAGCCCGCUGUCAAGACCAAGGUUCUCGCCGGCUCCGAAAGCAAGACAGACGCCGUCGAGGCCGAGACUGAAGACCUUGAUGGCGAGGAAUAGAGACAAGCCCGAUCCGCAUCAAUUGCGGCCGCUUGACACAAUCUUCUUCGAAAAAGUCCUAUUGUCACAUAGAUCAUGUCCAACUUGGAUCAAGUUGAUAAAAGUCGGCCGAAUGUAUGCCUAUCAGAUGGAGGAGACGAUUCUCAGGCCUCACCUACCUUGUCACUUACAACGCGACCUUGAACCCAUAAUAAAUGUAAUCGAGGAUAGUGAUGAUGAAUCAAGCAUGUACCAGUCUCCCA